AUGAGACAACAAAACAUCAACAGCAGUAACAACACCAGCAUGCAAUAUACUCCAUUGGCCACUCCAUUUGAAAGACGCCACCCCCUCCUCAACAUCGAGGCCGUCCGAGGAUUGCCCACAGCGCAUACGGCUGCCAGGGACUUCCUGGAGCGUGCGCUACGUUGUAUGGCGGCCAACCUUUUUCGACGAGUUACGCACAUCCCGAACCAUCAAGAAGACACAGCUCUCGAUGACGGACGUACGGAGAGCAGUCGAGAUGAGAAGAGGUUCGAACGCGUACCGAACGGUUUUGGUCACCACUAUUCUUAA